AUGCAGCUUCCGUCGCCAAAGCGUUCAGACAAGUCCCCAGCGCCAUCGGCAUCGACCUCCACGUCUCUCACCAACACUUCCAAGGGCCAGAUACAUGUCAAGCUCAUCCAAGCCAGGGGUCUGAACGUCCUCUCCUCAACGGCGAGGCCGUAUGUCGUCGUUCAGUUCGAGCAGAACGAAUUUGUCAGUCGUGAUCCUACAGAUGAAGCUGACAAGGAGGUCAAGGGCGUCCCUAUUUCUCGCGUAGGCUCAGGCUCAGCACUCGGUGCCCUCGCCAAGGCGUCGGGCACUCCACAUCCACCGUCUCCGUCCUCCUCGGUCGGAUCUCGCACAUCCACCAAUAGCAGCGGCAACGGCACCGCUGGGGGCCUUUUUGGCCGCAUGUCGUCCCACAAUCCCGUCUGGAAACACGAGGUUUCCUUCGACGUCACUUCCGAGGCCUCAGUCAUCACCUUCAACGUGUACGAUCGUUCAGUUGACGACCUCGGUUUUCUUGGCACUGUCCAGAUCAAACCGGUACUCAUACAUGAACAUUCCGCUGAUCAGUGGUACAAGUUAUUGCCUUUUGAAAACGAGGUCGUGUCUGGUGAAAUGCGAGUGCAGAUAACGUUCGAGCAAUACAAGGUCAAGCGAGCUCUUACUCCCCGUGACUUUGAGUUUCUCAAGCUCAUAGGACGCGGAACGUUUGGCAAAGUCUUCCAGGUCCGAAAAAAGGAUACCAAGCGUAUAUACGCCAUGAAAGUCCUCUCUAAAAAAGAGAUAGUUGCAAAGAAAGAGGUUGCCCAUACCAUAGGCGAGCGCAAAAUCCUCCAGCAGUCUCUUGAAUCUCCUUUCCUUGUUGGUCUCAAGUUUUCCUUCCAAACGGACCAGGAUCUCUAUCUCGUCACUGAUUUCAAGAGCGGUGGGGAGCUAUUCUGGCAUCUGCAGCGAGAAACGAGAUUUCCUUUGGAUAGGGCUCGUUUCUACAUCGCAGAACUGGUGCUUGCGUUGGAGCAUCUACACAAAUACGAUAUUGUCUACCGCGACCUGAAGCCGGAAAACAUCCUGCUGGACGCGACAGGGCAUGUCGCAUUGUGUGACUUUGGGUUGAGCAAGGCGGAUCUGAAACCUGACGAGCUCACGACAACAUUCUGUGGUACUACCGAGUACCUUGCACCAGAAAUUCUCUUGGAUGAGCAUGGUUACUCCAAGAUUGUUGACUUCUGGAGCCUGGGGGUAUUGUUGUUCGAAAUGUGCUGUGGUUGGAGUCCAUUCUAUGCCGAGGAUACCCAGCAAAUGUAUAAGAACAUCUGCUUUGGGAAGAUCCGUUUCCCCAAAGGCGUGAUCAACGAAGAGGGGAAGCAGUUCGUGAAAGGGCUCCUUAACCGGAAUCCAAAACACCGAUUAGGUGCGACGCGAGACGCGGCUGAGCUCAAGGAGCACACAUUUUUCUCCUGUAUCGACUGGAAGGCUCUCAGCCUCAAGCAGGUCACACCACCCUUUAAGCCUGUUGUCGAGAGUGACGAGUCAACGGCCAAUUUUGACCCCGAAUUCACGACGGCUGAUCUUUCGCAAGUAGGGGUCGAUGGCAUGGACGAGAACGACCCCUCAGAAGAUUGGGUCAUGAGUGGCAGCUAUAUGGGCAGCUCACACACACCCAAUGGGCCUUUGGGUAGUGAGCGCAACGGCUCCAGCAGCUCGUUGGGAAGUAUGCAUGGGGGAUUCGGUGCCCUAAGCAUGACGAAUGGCCCCUCGGGGAAGAGUAGUAAAGGCGUGGAUAUCAAGAAGGCAAAGAAUGGGAAGCGGAAAAGUGGGAAUAGUGGCCGUGGUAGCCCUCUGACUAGUUCAGUGCAAGAGAAGUUCAGAGGCUUUUCAUAUUCUGGUGGUGAGAGCCUGCGGGACGAGAUGGAGAUACGAACGAAGGUGAAUGGGAAUGCGAAGAGUGACGAUGAAGGUCAGUCAGGUCCGGAACCAACAACGGAGGACGAAUACGAGGACUUCUCGAGAAGCGCAGGGCGGUAUGCUAGAGGGAAGAGACGAGGACUUGGGUUUACGGAGGUGGAGUGA